UCAAGUUCAAAAACAAAAAACAAAUUACAUUUCAAACACAACACACAAACUCAAGUUCAAUCAACACCUGAUUCUCAAGUUUAACAAUUUCCACUACCUAAGGUUAAAAAACACCACAACCUCAAGCUCAAAAAACACCAUUUACUGAAGCUUAAACACGCCACAAACUCAAGUUCAACAAACUCACAAACUCAAGUUCAACCAACACCUGAUUCUCAAGUUUAACAAUUUCCACAACCUCAAGUUUAAAAAACACCACAACCUCAACCUCACAAAACACCACAAACUGAAGUUCAAACACGCCACAAACUCAAGUUCAACCAAUUCCCAAUUCUGAGAUUGAACAAAUUCCAUAACCUCAAGUUAAAAAACACCACAAAUUCAAGUUCAAAAACACCACAGACUUAAGUUCAAACAAGACACAAACUCAAGUUAAAAAAUUUCCUCAAUCACAAGUUCAAAAACAAAAAACUCAAGUUCAACCACGCGCAAACGCAAGUUCAACAAACUCACAAACUCAAGUUCAACCAACACCUGAUUCUCAAGUUUAACAAUUUCCACAACCUCAAGUUUAAAAAACACCACAACCUCAAGCUCAAAAACCCCAUGAACUCAAGUUCAAAAACGACACAAACAAAAGUUCAACAAACACCACAAACUCAUUUUCAACAAAUGUCAAGAUUUUAAGUUCAACCAACACCCAAAUCUCAAGUUUCACAAUUGUAACAACCUCAAGUUCAAAAAUGCCACAAACUCAAGUUCAAAAACACCACAAACUCAAGUUAAAAAAAACCCUAAAACUUAAGUUCAACAAAUGUCAAAUUUUUAAGUUCAACGAACACCCAAAUCUCAAGUUUAACAAUUUCCACAAUCUCAAGUUCAAAAACACCACAAACUCAAGAUCAACAAACAAAUAAACUCGAGGGACUUCCGGUUGGCAGCAGGCAGGCGAGCAUGAUACCGUGAAUGCUCCUCACAAAUCUCCACAAAUGUCUCUAAAAGUUAAGUUUAAACGAGAAUCUAUGUAGGCUUAAAAUAACACGUAUAUGUUGGAUGAAUCUGCGAUCUGGUGCGGCCACUAAAGUCAAUAUUGCCAAAAAGAAAACAAAGAAGAAAGACGCGACAAACAUUUCAAACAAAGAAAUGGCGACGGGUAGCCUCGAAGCUACGAUCCAAACAAUGAUGCAGGAGCUCAAAGGAGAGAUCAAAGGGCUCAAAGAAGAUCUUAUCAAACAAAUUGGGAGCCUCAGAACGGACGUCGAGUCUUUCGCGACCGAGAUUAAACAAGUUCAAAAGGACGUAAAAGAAGUCCGGGCAGAGAUGGGAAAUGCGGUGGACAAGAUCGCAGAAGCCGAGGAAAGAAUCAACCAGAUGGAAGAAGGAGAGGUGACUAUAAACGCACUUAACGCACUUAAACACCUCCUACGGGAACAAAAGAAGAUUAAUCAAAGGCUGGAGUAUCAAGAACAAAAAUCAAGGCAAUUUAACGCCCGAAUUUUUCAAGUAAUUGAAGGAAUAGAACAACAGGAUAUGGUGGGUUUCGUUAAAUCAAUACUGGUGGAACAGUUGAAGAUACCAGCCGACACAUUCCACAUCUGUGCAGCCCACCGCUCCCUCGCCAAAAAGCCGACGGGAGUAGAUGCAACACCUCGGUCUAUUGUUGUCCGCUUUCUGUCGUGGAACACCCGAGAGAAAGUGGUAAAAACAGCGUGGGCGAAAAAAGACAUUACAGCUGGAGGUAAACGCAUUUAUUUUGACAGAGACCUACCUGAAAAGGUACAGAAAGAGAGACGCAGAUAUGCCCCACUAAGACUACAACUGAAAGAAAAAAAGAUUAAGUCCUUCAUAAUACACCCGGCGAAACUGAAGGUCUUCGAAGAGGAAGGAUCGUUCAUUAUCUACAACACACCGGAGGAUGCGGAGACGCAACUACGGGCCAAGGGACUAAUCUCCACAGAGCGGUGCGUCGGAGCGCACCAUGGCAAGCAUGGCACACUGCGCAAAGAAGGAGCACAAUCGGCACCUUUCCAGAGGAGCGGCGGAGAUGAAGAGACUUUGGAGACCCUACUAGAAGAUGCUAUGAGGGGACUGUAAAAGGACUUGAAGUUAUAGUGAACGGUGGCCUUAUGUUCAUCUCAGGAUGCGUAAUGGAGAGGUAAACACACUCUUUAUCCUAAGUGGAGCAACACAGGAAUGGGAGGACAGUAGCCAGCCACUAGACUUGUAUGGUUUGAAAGUUAAUGACUGAAUUUAGCCUAGAAUACAGGACUCUUUUUCUUUCUUCACUUUAUUCUCAUUAGCGGUUUUUAAGCCUACUCUAUACUUGCCCCAUGCUUUUUCUGUUUUAAUGGGACUUAAAUACGCCUGAUUUCAAUCAAACAUGGGGUCUCAGUUUCCCUCUCUUUUCUUUUCAACUUCUUUUUUUUUUCAUUUAAGUUAUGCCAUAUCUAAUUUUUAUUUAUCAUGAAUGAUCCCUAAACGAACUGGGAAUUAUAGGGGUGGGGGGUGCUUAGGAGGGGGAAAAUGCUUUGGAAAGAAGAAAAGAAAAGAAAAGGAAAAGUAUUUAUGUUGGGGUACUUUUUUUUUUAGGUUCGGUUUAAUACUCUACUCCAAGUGUGUGAAUAACUUAAAAAAGUAUUUAUUUUGGGGUAUUUCUUUUUAUUAUUAUUAUUAUUUUCUGCUUAGGAAGGGGGAAGAUGCUUUGGAAAGAAGAAAAGAAAAGGAAAAGUAUUUAUGUUGGGGUACUUUUUUUUUUUUUUUUUAAGGUUCUGUUUAAUACUCUACCUCAAGUGUGUGAAUAAUUUAGUUAAAGAGACGGAGGAGGGACAUACGCCUGUACGCAGCCCACCAUGCAAAUAUGGGCUCUGUUAAAGCUCAUAUUGGCCUCAUGGGUUACCAUGGGGCAGGAGUCUUUCUAUGAAAGCUCCCUAUUUCACAUAACAAUAUUAAUGUGGAAUAUCUCUUGUAACCAUAGAGAGGUUACAGACCCUGGAAGUGCACAUCUGGGUCCUUUGUUUGUGUGUGUUAUGUUUUCGAUACGUGCGUUAUUUUUUCAGUUUAUAGGCUUUGAAUAUGAAGCAGCUGGUAUCCAAGAGAAGAAUAAUGGGAAAACUUAAACUAAUUUCCUUGAAUACAAAUGGUUUAAAUAAUCCAAUAAAAAGGAAGAGAGUAUUUCAAAAACUUAAAAAGGAAGGAGGGGAAAUUAUUUUUCUACAGGAAACACAUCUUAAUAAAGUGGAACACGUAAAACUGGAGAAAUUGGCAACCAGCCAAGUUUUCGCCUCCUCCUUUACAUCAGCUAAAAGGGGUGUGGCAGUCCUAAUUAAAAAUAAUCUUAUGUUUAAUAGUGAAAAAUGUAUUAAAGACAAGGAAGGGAGGUACGUUCUGGUAAUUGGUCAAAUAGAAGAACAAUACAUAACCCUCGUCAAUGUUUAUAACCCACCUGGACAAGGAAUAGAUUUAAUGAAAAAAAUCCUAACAUUAUUAGUGACAGAAGGGAAGGGUAUGAUCAUAAUGGGGGGAGAUUUUAAUUUAAUUAUGAAUCAAAAGGACACACAGAGCAAAAUAAAACAUAAAGCAGAACAAGCUGCAAUGUUAAUGAAGAAAGCCCAAAUCGAGUUGGGGCUAGUAGAUGUGUGGCGCUGCUUACACCCCCAGGAAAAGGCUUUCACUUUUUUCUCUGGUGCUCAUGACGUCUACUCAAGAUUAGACUUUUUUUUUAUUUUUAAGAAUGAGAUUUCAAAGGUCAUAAAAUGUGAAAUAUUACCCAUAGCAAUAACAGAUCAUGCACCAGUUAUAAUGGAAAUAAACCUGAAAAGGGAACAAGGGGAAACAUUAUGGAGGUUAAAUAACUCACUGCUGGAGGAUCAGAGUUUCAAAGUGAAGAUGGAACAAAGUGUGAAGUCUUUUUUUGGAGAUAAAUGAUAAGGAAGUGACACCUAUUAUUCUAUGGGAAGCGGCAAAAGCAACAAUAAGGGGUGGUGAAAUAAUAGCAUACUCAUCUCAUCAAAAGAGGAAAAGGGAAAGAGAAAAAAAUUUUUUGGAAAAUGAAAUAAAAAGACUUCAGGAACAGCAUGAAAGAAACUUGAACAAAGAAACAUACAGACAACUGAAAACAGCGAAAAAAGCUUUAGACACUAUAGAAAUACAUGAAAUUGAAAAGGACCUUAUGCUGUGUAGGCAGACUUAUUACGAUAACAGUCCAAAAGCAUUGAAAAUAUUAGCAACCAAAUUAAAGAAACAAAAAGAAAAAAGUGCAAUAGUAACUAUUAAGGAUGGAAAUGACGAGCCCCAGAGAGGUAAAUCAAAUAUAGCAGCAUGUUUCAGAGACUAUUACCAAACCCUUUAUACUCCAGAACAAGCAGAUGUGAGCAUGCAAAAUAUUAAAGAGUAUCUAACACUUCUAAACCUUCCUGUAGUAACAGAUACACAAAAUAAAGACUUAGUUAAACCAAUAACAGAAGCCGAAAUUACAAAG